AUGAAUUUGACUGCCAACUCGAUUUCACUCACGGUGCCUGAGAGCCAGAAGCUGUCUUGGGACUGGUCCGCCCUGAGUCAAGAGACUCCCAUCGAACGUGCCACCGGCGGCUUUGGUCGAAAGCGUCACAUCGAGGGAUUUGCUAAUGAAAGCUCUGAUACCAGCGCAAAGCGAGUGAAACUCGAAUCUACUCCAACCGAUGGACCCUCGAACAGGUCUCGACUCUCGGCACGAUCCACCAUGAGGUCACCAAAGGUAUCGUCGGCGAGUUCCAGCGAUCGGCCAUCAUUGAAUCGCAACCAGUCAAACGCUGGCAUCGUCCGCCCCAACCCACCCGCAGCGCCUAAGGUCAAAUCCCAAGGGCCGUUCUACAUUGAUUCCGAUUCCGAGGAAGAAGACACCAGUCAUGAACCAUCGUCUACCAUACCCGCGAGACAGGAAGAGGCGCCCCGGCAGAAUCGGCCACUGAGUCGAUUCGAGACAGGAACAUCAAGCGACUGGAAGGAAGCACAGCGACUUGAAAGCCAUCGCAAGCGCGAAGAAGCCAAACGCCGCAACGACGUCUCUUUCACAAGCCCAUCGACGUUCGGUAGAAACGAGGACUUCAAACCAUCGAGAUUUGUCUACGAUCACGAUGAGCUAGCAGGAUAUUCCAAGCAUAGCUCUAUGAUCGGACACCCUAGGAUCAAGAACUCUCCAUCAAAUGGCAGUCCUGGAGAAUCCCCGACUUCCUUGCCAUUCAAGACCUCGAUCAAACAGGAAGUCAAACAGGAGGGGCGCGACUCGGCAGCGAUUACGAGACGAACCCCAGCUACUCAACCGUUCACAGCCUCUGCCGUGAUCGACUUGACCGACGAUGACCCAAACGAGGUACACAAACCGCCAGGCAAGCCUCUAUCCAAAACGCCUCAAGCAAAACAUGGUCUUGACUUUCAGUCCCGAGAGAAUGAGCGUGUGGAACAACUGGCUGCUCCAGCGAAAGAGCAAGCUGAGAAGAAGCGGCUGGAAUAUGAGAGGCGAAUGGCGGAGGAAGAAAGACAGAAGAGGUCAGCAGAAGACAGACGAAAGGACCAUGAGCGAAACCUUCUCCAAGCCGCAGAGUUUGCUCGCUUGCAGCACGAGAAGAAGAUCGCAGAGGAGCGAAGGAUGGCGGAUGAGCGAAAACGCCGCGAAGCCGCAGAGUCAGCUCGCCUGCAGCACGAGAAGAAUGAAAAGCUGAGGGAGCAGCAACGGCCCCAAGCAGAGCUUCAGAGGCAGUCAGAGCAUGCAGAGCGUCUGCGAGACCACAACAAGCAUCUGCCAAACCCACAAACUGAGCGCAAGCUGCCUCUCUCGUGGCAAGAAGAAGACCAUGCUGCCGAGAGGCGGCGCCAGGAGCGUGAGCUCGCGGAAAGACGGGAGAUGGAGGAGCGGGACUUAGCAUUCAACAAAGCUCGGGAUGAGGCCCAGCGGAAGCAGGCUGAGGAGCGCCGACAGGUUGAAGAGAGCAGACGGGCUGAGCAACGCAGACAAGCUGAACAACGCAAACAAGCUGAGCAGCGCGCGAUGGAACUGCGAAUGCAGGCACAUAAUAAAGCCAGGGCCAAGUUUGAUCGAGAGCAAGCCGAAAAGGAGAAGAUCGCGGAGGCGCAGAGACUUUACGAAGAGAAUCAGAGGAGACUCGAGCGAGAAGCACACAAGGCCUGGGCUGCCAAGCCCCUCACUGACCGGCAACGCGAGGAGCAGCGCGCACGGGAGGAGCGGAUCCAAAAACAGCGAGAGCGGAAUGCUCAGAACCGACAGCACGCCGACGACGAUAUCCGUCUGAACGAGCCGAAUGUAUCAAACGCCUUCCAACCUCAAUCGACGUCAGGCCUUGCUCAACGAGAUGGGCCUGUGACACAUAGUCAUCGAUCUGGAACCGUGGGCACAUCUCACACGAAUGAGACGCAAGUGCCAGCAGAGAAUACGCUCCGAAGAAUCGGCUUCAGCGGGAUUAGGGAGAUUACUCGAGAUGACACCCAGCUCCUCAAGUGGAGGGCAAUGUUCGAUUUUACUUGGGAUGUUGUUGUGAAGAACUAUCACACGUUCUGCCACCAGAGGAAAACGAAAGAUGCUUUGCGGAAACGACAUGCUGGUUUGGUCGAGUUGCUUGAUGCGGCUGGCAUCGAUUCUAGGACAAUCAAAGAGCUCUACGAAGGAGAUCCCAAGAUCUUGGACAGAGUCAAUAGGUUGGUUGAUGAUUUCCGGGCGUCUCCAUUGUACGACGAGACGAAAUCGCGGCGCAAGAACGAAAAGAAGCAGCAGCAGCAGCAGCAGCCGAAUGAACGUCAACAAACCGCGCUUCCCCCGCCGGCCGCCGCCCAGAAAAAGGGUCCCCUUGCUUCGAUACUGGCCAAGACAAAGCCGCGACCUUCGAAUGUCUUCAGUAACAUCACUGAUGUUCGAAAGACUGCGACGCAAGGCCCGGCAGACCUUUCGGUCAUCAAACCUUCGGCCAAAGUCGCUCCGGAACCACUGCAUCACCGACCGACGACAGGAGGAAAGGCCCUCGAUUACACGUUCUUCUUCAAAACGCUCGAGCACCAGGCCAAGGUAUGGCAGGAGAUGUACGAACCCGAGAAGAGGGAAGAAGAGGCCAUCGAUCAAGACGACUACCUCUACUACAUAUACGUGGUUUUGCGGCGCGAAUGGGACCUCGAUGAUCUCGAACGGUGCAAGCAUAAUAGUGAGCAAGAGCCCGAAUGGAUGGAAUGUCCUGGUGCGUAUGAAGAGCUCAACCAGGCAAAUACCGCUGCUAGCAAAGAAGUCAUGCGCGUAAUUCCUGGGCGAACGGUCUUUGCGGAUGGCGAUUCAGAAUUUUCACUCAAGAAACGCAAUGUCCCAGGAGGGGACGGCGAGCAACUACUCGAGCUCAAGAAUCCUCUUGUCGGAACGGUGGAGACGAUGGUAGUGAGGAGAAUGAGGACCUUCGAGGAUCGCAUUCUCCCUAAGAGCAAGCUGACGUGGCGGCCGAAGAUCGUGUACCAGAUCAAGCAACGCAUCACAAAGGAAAUCAACGACGAAGUCUUGGACACAACACAGGAGGAUGUCGAAGAGCGACCCGUGAACGACACGAUCUACUAUGAUCUCGAGCAGGCCAAUGAGGCAGCCGCUACCCACUUCGUUAAACUGACAUACCAUUCGGAAAUUUCCCACCAGAAUGUGCGCUCAUACGAGAUGAAGCAGACCGUCGACUCAAUCCUCGAGCACGUGGGCGUCGGACAGACGGUUAUACUGACGACUCAAGACGAUUUCAAGAUGAAAGAAACCACGGCGGUGAAUGUGUGGGUCGCGGAGCUCUCGGCGGUGGGGCCAAGGAACUGA